GCUUCUGUUGCUGGGUUACGCUGUAUACAGAGCCCGGCUUCGGCUUCGUGUCUCUGCUCCGCAGUCCAGUCCGGGCGGUCCCUGCUCUCCUCCUUGUCCUCCCACAGGCACUCUUGCUGCCGAGCAGUGGAUCAGAAAUGCCUUCCUUAGCAGGGCUGAUUCAGCCUCAAGCUAGUCACCACAUCCCAGAGCUGAGCGCAUUGCCCUGAGGACGGAAAGCAUCCGGCUCUGUGGAGGCCCCACCACCCCUGUGAAGCAGGAACUGAACCAGGAAGAAAGGCCGUCGUUCUUUUUGCAAGGCAACUACCUCUGCAACAAGCAUAUUGCAAGAGAGAGUCCUGUGCAAGGUCUGUUAUCACUAUGCAUUCCCGAGCGUACGUGUUGCUGGAAAGAGAACACCAGGAAUGGAAAGAAGCCAACGUUUUUGGCAUCUUUGCUGCUCCUAUUAAUGAUAACCUGCUAGAAUGGUUAGCUGAAGUCCAAGGGCUCAAGGACUCCCUCUGGGAAGGGGCUGUUCUCCAGCUCACCUUAAAGUAUUCUGAAAGGUACAACAGUGUCCCUCCAAGUGUUUCAUUCAACACCUUUCCGUUUCACCCCAAUGGUAAAGGUCACAGGAGGUGCUGUCUGAUGGAUCAACGUUCUGGGAAGCCUUGUAUAGACUUCCUAGACGACCCUAACAAGUGGAAUCGGAAAUUAACAAUGUGUGACAUUUUACUUAGUAUCCAGGUGAUGCUUUCUAAUCCAGUACUGGAAAAUGCUGUGAAUACAGAAGCAGCAGAAAUGCUGAAAAAUAACUUAGCAUUGUAUAGACAAAUGGUUAUCCAGUGUGUUAGCACCAGCCAACGCCUAGAAGAACUUCUUAGAGCUGAGAAUGAUUCUAUUUCUUCCAUGCAGUUUUAUCCGUCAUCAGAAGCAUCUUCUCUAGGCUGUAUCAGUUACAGAAGGAUUACAAGCAUUUCAUUUGAAGAUUACCACAGGACAUGGUCUGGAAUAGCCACAUCAAAAGCAAAAGAAUAUUUUAAAGCUCCAUUGUUUGAAGAUCCAGUCUUCACAGGGAAUUACUACAGCUGGAAGGAAAGAAAUUUGAUAGAAGCAGGCGGAUGGGAUGAGAAUAUAUAUAGAACAAUUAUGUCUCAGCUCAUCAGGAGGCAAAGGAAACAAAAAAAUGAAAGUUUGCUCAAUAUGAGCAAAGAGAAACAGGACAACUAUCAACUCUGGCAAGCAACAGAUAUGCUAGAUCCAAUACCAAAAAGUCAAGCUACAGGUAGAGAGAGACCCAUUGCCCAGGAAAAAGAGCCGUGGGAAGAGGAAGUGGACAAUCUAGUAGCCUGGACUAACACUCUCUCCACCAAAGGAUUAGAGGACUAAACUACAAGAUCUCAUAUACAAACCAGAAACUUUUAUUUUGAUAGGUGGUUAAAAACAAAUACAUUUACGUCAGUCCUAUGGGGAAAAUCCUAGACCUAUCACUCAGCCCUUUUUCAGGCAAAACUCCUGUGAGCUUUAGGUGAGCAAAGGUGAGUAAAACAUGCAGAAGGAUAUUUUUCACAUCUGUGCACACUCAGUUCCUUCACCCAUUCUCCUUUGUCUUCAGUGGGUUUGCAAAACUCUGAUUGGUGUCUCAGGUGCUACUACACAAGAUGGAAAAGAUGUGCUAGCCUCUGCAGGACUUAGACCAGAAAACAACAACAAAAAAACCCGACUGGAUUAGUUGCUAUAGAUAACUGGUGACCCUGGAUGCACACAGGGCUUGCUUAUACUGCUGCAGCAGCCAGAUCCAGGGAGGAUGGCACUGAGCACUCCCCAUCCACCCAAGUGCAGGCAUAUGCUGCCCUGACUUGUCUGUGGGGCUGUGGGAACUAUUGCAACUAUAAAUAUUCUAAUAGUUGCGCAAUGUAUAAGGGAAACCAUAGAUCUGAGGAUUGCACUGAGGAAUACAAAUAUUCAGUGUAGGAAUCAGUUAGAAAACUCAGCUGUAUGAAUACCGUUUGAGAAUAUGUGUCUAAUCCUGAUACUUAAAGAUGGGAAAGAUCCACCAGUAUCAGAAUGUCAUAUCCAUCACACUUAAAACAUAGUUGCCCACUAGAAUGUACGAUAGCUGUUGAACCUACAUCACUAUGUAUCUACAUAGGAGGUAGCAUGAACUGAAAGCAAGAAAUGGGUGCCAGGAUCAUAGGAAAACCCAAGUAAAAUAUCUGUUCCACCACAAGCAGAGUCUGAGACUCUCUCUGUAAACUGUAGCUGUGAGAAUAAAUACAUCGGUGAUUGAAAGACGUUUGAGUUACUGGGAUGAUAGGUAAAUACCUAAGUACCUAACAGUGCACUGAACCUGGGGUCAGUUGAGCUGGGGUUGAUUCCUGGCUCUCCACUGACAUACACUAUGGCCUUGGACAAGCCACUUCAUCUCCCAUAAACUUUGUUUCUUCUUCCACCCAUUGCCUCUCUAGUCUAUGAAUAUUAUAAGUUAUUUAGAUCAGGGCCCAUCUCUCAUAAUGGGUUUGUACAAUACUUAGCCUAGCCCAGUAGUAUUCUGGACUCUAUACAUACCAAAGAUACAAAUGGUGUCUCUAUAAAAGCGCAGGCAUAAAAGUUAAGACAAUUCUUUCUUGGACAAAACAAGAUCUUUGGAACUCUUCAGUGACUUCUUUCAAUUAUGGUUUUUUCUCAGCAAUUUGAAACAUUAAUUUAACUGCCUACUGGGGGCUUUUUUCCUUUGUACAUUUUAUAACCUCUACUUCGGCACAGUGAGUUCUGAGAUCAACCUCUUUGAACAAGGAACACAUCUACGACUGUGCCAGGGAAAGAACAAACUUUCAAGUUGCACAGAGCUUUGAAUGCACAUCUGGGAUAAUUUAUAACUACUUGUAAAAAAUAUAUCAAUAUUUCCACAAGCAGAGGGGAAAGGACAAGUAGCAGGCCAGGACAAGGAUUAGUUCUGUCAUAUGUACAUUUGAGGUGAAAGAAGCUUACCGUUGGUCCUAGCCCUGACAACAUUCUUCAGUAAACUGUUCACAGCCCUAAAAGGCACAGGGCUAAUGCACUCUGAAAAGCUGUAGCUUAUAUUUCAGCCUCUGAAUGCGGAUACUAUCACAUCAACAUAUGUGGAAAAUUAUUUCCAGCUCUGGAUGCCUCCUGUAAUUUUCAGUACAAAUGGGGCUCCAGUGUUUCAGCAUAUAUGGCUUUGCACUGCAAUUUGGAGAAGUCACUUAAAUGUAACACUUCUUUAUGGGUUCCUUUUUGUGACCUAUUCUUCAUAUGACACGCUGCAGGAAGAACAGAACCCGGUGAAUGUGGGUAGGAUAGAGACAUAAUGGGAUAUACUAGCUAGUGAUGCAUAGAGGGAGAAGCUUGCUGAUUCACAUUUAUCUAAUCCAGGUGGAAAAACAAUCAACUAAAAAUAUUUUGGAACUGAUUCUGGCGCAUAUAUUUUGGUUUUGCAGCAGUAUAAUUUUUUAUAUCAUGAGAAUGUCUUCAAAUUGGCUUCAGUUUUCAUACAAUCAGAAUCAGGCUCCCUAGCUUUCUUUUUUUAAAGCACAACGACCUCUAGAUGGCACUAUAUUACUGUGGAUGCAGACACUAUUGUAUUCCCCCAAUCAAGGGAAAUCUGCCCCGGCUAUUUUUAGUGACUUCUCUGCUGGAAGCCAGCUGCCAAAAGUAUGUUUCUGCUUUAAAUUGUUUAUAACAGAUCCUUAGCUUUUUAUUAAAGACAGCAUAUUCUUUUGUGUGGGAAGAUGUUUAAUGUAGCAUGGUACAACAUCUCUUCAAGUGACUGUCUUCCGAAAUUUUAUUAUGGCAAGUGCCAGAAGUUGAUUGUGUGCACAUCACUUGUUUUUUUUAAUGUUCUCUUUCUUUUAAUUAAUUUUUACUCUGUAAGAACACAGAGUCCCAGAACAGUGGAAAAAGUGAUGCAUCAAGGUAGUACCAUCUUUUCAUGCAUCCUAUGUGCAAACAAUUAAAAAAUGCAAGGGAAGGAAGCAGAUGCAAGAAUGAUGAGUCCUGUACAAAAAUAUUGCAUGAAAAUUCAUGACUUCUGCAAACACACUGAAGGGAACAUUAAUAGAAUAAUAAAAGUAUAUUUACUAGUAGUGAAUAUACCUGUGGCACUGCCAUGGCAUAGAAUUUGUUUGCUAAUCAGCACAGUCACAAACCAGGAAUCAUAUACUGUCUUCAGUAUAAAUCAUAUUGAUGUCAAUGGCACUUGUCCAUGUCUGGCUGUGAGCAGUAUUCCCUCCGGCUUUCUAUAGACUAUAAUGGCCUUCAUUGUGAAUAAUCCUAUUGAAGUUAGUGGAGCCACCUGUGGAGUAAGAAGAGGCUGUCUGAAAGUGCUCUGCAGCAUUACUUCAUAUUAAGGGUAUGUUGAAAACCAUAUACGUUGAGCAAAUGCUAGAAGAUAUUUUAAUAAAUUGGUGGAGUCAAACAGGUCAACGGAUAGUUCAUAUCCACAGAUGGUAUUUUCCACUGAUACAUUUAUACAACCAUGGACGCAAUGCUUGCAACUGUAACGUGCUUGUAAAAGUGUUGACCCUUUUAAAUACCUGCACUUGCACUAGCAUUAAAGGAAAGUGACCUGUAUCACAAUCUUGCUCUAUGCUAGUCUGAAUUUAACGUUAAGCCUUAGAUCACAGGGAAGUUAUGAAACUGAUGAAAAUCCUGCUUUCUAAAAACCAGAAAUUACUGAAGGGCCCCCCUCCUGUUUUCCUUUUCACCAGUGGUGUCCUGUGGCUUAUCAUCUAACAAGCAGGUGGAUCAAAGAUACCUAGUGAGAAACAACAUAUAACUGGUUGUAGUAAAGGGUGAGAAAAUAAAAGUUGAAUGCUCUCUUUUA